AUGUCCGAGACUACAACAUCAGAUCAAGACACAGUCACGUCUCUACGUGAACUGGCCACAAAAGUCCAAGACCUCUGCAACAUCCUCACUCCAGAAAUCCCCGAUAAAUCACGAGCAAAACUCAAGGAAAAAGACACAGUCGUAAACAUGCUUCACGAACAAAUCAACAAUGGUCGGCCGGAAAAGAUCCUGGACUGGGAGAAAGUCGAGCUUAUGGCUGUAGACGACAUCGAGAAGGAGAAUGAGCAGUACACGCAAAAGCUCGAAAAUUUCUGGAAAGAGACCGAUGAAUCGACCCAGACAGAAAAGGAAAAAACUMCCCAAGCCUAUGCAUCAGCCUUCAGCCGCUUUGCAGAGAUAUACCAUCUCCUCGGCUGGCGAGGCGCUGCCGACGACGAAGCAGACGCCAUGUUCGACGAGUCCGUUCUCACCGACUCUCGCAGUUUGUUGCUAGAGUCCAUCUUCAGAAUCGAGGUGUUCCAGAUGUCUCGCUUUGAAGAAAUGUCUGAGCGAUCGCGCGCACUGUUUGAGCUCUCGCGGCUUCCGCGACUUCUUCUCAUUCUCGUCCGGAUCGCGAGCAGGCAGGUGUAUAUCGUGAGUGCCUGUGGGGCGGAUAAAGUUAUCAAGGAGAGAUCAUUCGAUGCUAGCACGGUAAUCAAAGUGCUGGCUCUUGUAGCGCGGACACUCAAAGGCGGACAUCUCGUGUCGUCAGUGUCACUUGAGAAGCUUCUUUAUAGCUGUUACGAACGCCGUUUACUCGACCAGCCGAAUAUCGACGAUGUCGAAACUUUUCAGAAACAGUGCGAGCUGGUAUACGACUGUAUAACCGCGCUAGAUUUCACGAAAAGAUCCGAAUCCAUUCAGGAGCUCUUUGACCGUAUAAGGACUCAUGAAGAAGCGACUGUCGGAAUCGAGGGGUUCCCAGAACUACCUCUGCAGGAGAGUACUGGGUCAACGUUCCACCCGGAGAUCUUUUCCAUUCGCUAUCUCCAAGAUUUUGGAGGGCUGAAAAUCGAGUGGACUGACAGUCUGAAGGAGCAUUUGAAAAUUUACGCGAAUCGGAACGCGAUUAGGAUCUUUGCUCAUCCUACAUUUUUCUACAAUGCCAUUGAUCUACACAGAUGUAUCAAAAGCGACGCACACGAUUAUACGCAUCCCACAUACUUUGAACUAAGCCUGACGUAUGCCCUCCUAUUCCGACCAACGUCGUCCAGCAACAUCCGACGACUAAAACGAUACACCACCGCGGGAGAAGAGCAGGAGAUCCGGUGGCAUAAUAUGGUCACAUUCGACGGCCGCCCAAUCCACCAUUUUACGCCUCCAUGGGACGAUAAACCGGUUGAUACCACCGCCAUAAAACAGCUAGACAUCAACCCCUUGCGAAAUCCGACACGAGACAUCCUGUCAGAGAGCUUCUACCGCUGCUCCCUCCCACCAAGCAUCCAAGUAGCUCUCAACAUCGCAUCGCCAGACAAAACAGUCAAAGGGAUUACCCCUAGCUGGGACCAGCACAAACUAACCUCAACGUCCAUGCAACAACUCACCACCACCAGCCUCCCACCAACUUAUCCCGAAGACAUCAAAUUCAUGAUCCUCUCCAUCAUGGAGAAUGACAUGACCGAAACAGAAUCUUUUGUGCGAUUUCCCUACUUUGAGUCUAGAUUGCGUAGAGUCAAAAUGUAUCUGGACUCGAGACAGCCGACCUCGAUGCGGGAAUUGUGGGUUGAUAGAAGGGAUUUUAGGGCUUGGUGGGUGUUUUGGGGAGGUGCGUUUAUGGGGGUGGUUUUGGUUGGUAUUUUGGGUUUGCAGGUUGCGUCUUUGUUAGUACACCUCAAGAUGAAUCUCCUCAAAUUGUCCACAAUCGUAAUAACAGUCUACCUGCUCUACAAACUCCUCUCAUUUAUCCGCUUCUACAUAAUCGGUCUCCGCACCGGGUUCCCUCUGAUCCUCACCCCGAUAUUCUCAAGAUCGUUACCAUGGCAGGUCCUGGCACCGGCAUUGAUGCCUGUGCUCAGACAUAAGCUUCCGCCGUGGAUACUUAUCCGGCUUGAUACGCUUGUGCAUGGAUGGGAGUUUAGGUGGAGAGAUGGCGAGGUGCAGCGGUGGGUGGGUGCGGACACGUGCUCCAAUCCAGCGCUCGGAAGUGCGAUUUUGUCGCGGAGAAAGGAUUUUGUGCAGACGCCCACGGUGAAGCAGUUUAUUGGGAUUUUUGGGGAGAAUGUGUUGCAGUCUAAUGGCGAAGAUUGGCAACGGCAGCGAAGAAUCAUCGCCCCUCAUCUCAACGAAGGAAUCAUGGCCACCGUAUGGAAAGAGUCCUGUCUCCAGGCCAAGUCCAUGAUUGACUAUCUCGUCCACCACCCCGGCGGCGAGACACUCGACGGCCUGCGCAGCGUCGCAAUCAAUGUCCUCGGCUCGGCUGCUUAUGGGUAUAGCCAGCCCUGGUCACCAGGUUUUGCAGAAAGCCUAAGCGGCGGAAGCAGCAACGACGAAAAGAACUGGGGUAGUGGCCGAAUUGCGUAUUUCAAGACAGUUGCGUUGGUGGUAGACUCGUUCAUAUCGGCUGUCCUGAUUCCGAAUAGAAUCAAGAUACUCCCCUUCAUGCCGGAGUCGUUGCAGUUUAUCGGUCGUCAAAUGGAACGUGUGCCGCAGUACGUCAGGGAGAUUUUCGAAGCUCAUCAAAACACCAAAAACACUGCGGAGCCAGCAGAAGGCAAUGGUUCAAGAAAAGAAAAUGUACUGGACAUGUUGUUGCAAUAUUCGCAAAACCGCGAAAAGGCCGCGGCUACGAAUGGGCUGUACUUGACUGAAGACGAGUUGAGUGGUAAUCUAUUCGUUUUUACUGGCGCAGGGUUUGAUACCACGGCGAAUACGAUGGGGUAUGCGGUCACACUGCUUACGGCAUAUCCAGAGUAUCAGGACUGGAUUCGCGAGGAGCUUUGUGCACUUGACGGUGCCAAUGUGUCGGCGGAUGAGUAUGAGAAGGGGUUUGCGCUGUGUCCGCGGACGUUGGCUGUUAUGUGGGAAACACUACGCCUCUUCACGCCCGUCCUCCAUUCAAUCCGCUGCGUCAACGGGACACAACUACUCGCGGGCCCCGAGGGCAAAACGCACCUCCUCUCCGCACCCAUGGACGUCUUUGUUUGCGCGCAAAUCAUGCACUGCGACACAAGCAUCUGGGGCGCGGACGCAGCCGAAUUUAAUCCGAAGCGCUGGUUCGACGUCAACAAUCAGCUCAUCAAACCUCCGAAAGAUACGUUCUUGCCAUGGUCUGGCGGACCCAGAGUGUGCCCUGGAAUGAAGAUGUCGCAGGUCGAGUUUGUGGCGACCAUGGCGACGUUGUUUCGACACGCGCGAUGUGAAGUGUUGCCAUUAACGAUAGAUGAGAAGCCAGAAGAGGGGAGGAAGAGGCUGGUGGAUAUGAUGGAGGAUUCAAUCAGCAAGUUGACGCUGCAGGUCAAGGAUGGGAAGGAGGUGAAGUUGCGAUGGGUUGUUUAG